AAACCGGAGCGAACCGCUCACUUUCUAUAUUCAUGUCUGAGCCCUGAAGAGUGAGAACCGAGGCUUUAGACUUCUAGUCGCACUUUUAAUUCCCCUUCCUACAUCUUCAGUUGCUAUUUGCUGAUUCUCUCUCUAAUAUUUGCGCUCCCGAUUCAAUUGGGAAUGGCGGGGACAGGAAGUUCAAUGAUGAUCUCCUCUCUUUUGUUUACCUUGGUUCUCUCACUUGCAGUUAUUUAUAGAGGGAAGCUAGGAUCAUCUGAGGUGUUCACCAUUCUUGGAGGGUUCAUUAGUUCUCUACUAUUCCUUUUCUCCUUCGUUUUCAUUGGUAAUUUCCAGGAGUCUUGUGGCAUCAGAACUGGUUGGGGUGCUGUUAUAUUUUCCGAGAUAGUUGCUCUUGUUGUUGCCAGUACUGUUCACCGAGUUUGUGUCACAACAUGCUUCCUGUUCUCUGUUGGAUUGUUAUACGAGGUAUACAAGCUUUCAGGUAUGAUGCAAUCUAGAACUGAACUGAAAACCAAAAGACACUGAAACAAUGCUUUGGUUGGCCGACGCCUACAACACUGGCUACUCUUGGUAUUACCUGUUCAACUAAUGGGAUUGCUUUGCAAGCCCUUAGAUUAGAUACUCGCUCUUAUAGGAUUUGUGGUAUCAACAACUUUGUAGCAGCUGUUUUCACUGUUCUCAUCGCAAUGUCUUUUGUCAAAAGUUUUGCCUUUUAUGGUCACCCUCUUUACCCGAACAUUGGAAUUGGAAUUUGGAAUUGACCUUGAGUUAUGUUCAUCAAAGAUAUUAUUAAGAUUUGUCAUGUUA